AUAGUUGACAUCAAUGAUCUCCAUAUUCGGUCGAUCAUCAGUCGAGCCUCUGGAUAUUUUUCCUUUUGAAGUUCAAGUGUAACAUCAGGGUUUGGCGAAGACAAUGGGCUCGUGCAUGAGCUUGACUCAAGACGAGCGCAAGGCGAAGGCACACUCGGAGGCCAUCGAUCGUGAACUGCAGCGAGGCAGAAGGGAGCAAGACCGUACAAUCAAGAUUCUCUUGUUAGGUGCUGGCGAGUCAGGAAAGAGCACUGUUGUCAAGCAGAUGAAGAUUAUUCACGGAGAUGGCUUUACUAAGGACGAACUAGAAGGCUAUCGGAUGACCAUCAGUGACAAUUUGUUGAGCUCAAUGAAGGUAGUGUUGAACGGUAUGGGCACACUGAGAAUCUCGAUCGGAAAUUCGAGCAAUAAGGAACAUGCUGAGAGAGUUUUAGCUUCACUGGAACCGUACUAUCCAGACGGUAUAAUGAAACCAGAGGUUGCAGAGUCACUGCGAUGUCUGUGGUCAGAUGGAGGUGUUCGAACGUGUGUUGCAAGAGCUCACGAAUAUCAGCUCAAUGAUUCUGCUAAAUAUUUCUUUGAUAACAUGGUCAGGAUAUUGUCUACUAAUUUUACACCUAAUGUCGAUGAUGUUCUAAGGGCUCGUGUUCGGACGACAGGCAUCAUAGAGACAAACUUCAGAGUGGGAGAUGUUACAUACAAGAUGUAUGAUGUUGGUGGCCAGAGAUCUGAAAGACGGAAGUGGAUUCAGUGUUUCGAUGAUGUGAAGGCAGUAUUGUUUGUAUGUGCACUGAGUGGAUAUGAUAUGACUCUGUUUGAAGAUGGAGCGACAAAUCGACUUCAGGAGAGUUGGACUUUGUUUAGAGCCAUUUGCAACAAUCGAUUUUUCAUGAAAACGUCUAUGAUAUUAUUCCUGAACAAGUACGAUUUAUUUUGUGAGAAAUUGCUGCACUCUGAUCGACAUCUACGGUUAUACUUGCCAGCUUACACAGGACCUGAUAGAGAUGUUGAUUGUGCUGCUCAGUUUAUUGAGGACGAGUUUCGCAGCUUGAAUCAGAACCCAAACAAAGUCUUGUAUUGUCACUUCACGACAGCUACAGACACCUCAAAUAUUCACAUCGUAUUUAAUGUAGUACUGGACACCAUAGUGAAAGAGAACUUGGAGGCUGCUCAGCUUCUCUAAUAUUUAUCGCAUCUGUAUACAGUGGUUAACUUGCACUGGCCCGCUAUGGGAGGGGUGAGGAUAUUGACAGAGAUGUUGACUUAGUUGAAGUAUUUGACAGCUUGAUUUUCCGGUCAGUCUAUGACUCAGAAUUUGGAUUAUUGAAAAUGAAAUGUAAAGAAGAUACACGCACCCACACACACACUCAAACUUCUUGUCUCU